AUGUCGUUGAAAGAAGACAUAUCCAUGAAGGUGAAUGGUCGGUCGAAAGUCCCUCCAGGUUUUCGGUUCCAUCCCACCGAAGAAGAGCUUCUUCACUACUACUUGAGGAAGAAAAUUGCUUACGAGAAGAUCGAUCUUGAUGUUAUUCGAGAAGUUGAUCUUAAUAAGCUCGAACCCUGGGACAUCCAAGAGAAAUGUAAUAUAGGGUCGACCCCGCAAAACGAUUGGUACUUCUUUAGCCACAAAGACAAGAAAUAUCCAACUGGGACCCGGACAAAUCGUGCGACUGCUGCCGGUUUCUGGAAAGCCACCGGCCGGGAUAAGGUGGUAUACAGUAGCCUUAAGAGAAUCGGAAUGAGGAAGACGCUGGUAUUUUACAAAGGAAGAGCACCUCAUGGCCUCAAAUCUGAUUGGAUUAUGCAUGAAUACAGGCUUGAUGACCUUCAUAUCAUUCCCACCCAAGAUUCUACGGUUUCCAACUUUUGCGAUUGUGGACAUGAAGAAGGGUGGGUGGUAUGCCGUGUUUUCAAGAAGAAAAAUUACCACAAAUCCCUGGAGAGCACCCAGCGAUCAUUAUCUGCCACCACUGACACCACCGGAGCACAGUCGGAAUCCUUAAACAACGAUGGCAGCAUCAUUCUAGACCAAUUACUUGCAUACAUGGAUAGCAGUAGGUCUUGCAAGCAAGAAAGUAGUGAAACUUUCACCCACAAUAGUAAUUCUAUGCAGCAGUUCGUGAACCCCAUGUCGAAUGUCGACAAUAUGUUCCUCCACCUCCCUAGGCUCGAUAGUCCGUGUCCAGAAAGCGAUCAAGCGGAAUAUCCAAGGAACACAAUGGUGGAUGAACAUGAGCAGUGUAUCAGUAACUGGGUCGAUCUAGAUAAGUUUGUAGCUUCACAGCUGAAUGGCCAAAUGGAGUCAUCCAAGCACCAUUUGUUCUCUUGCUAUGGUGAACACAAUGAUGAGCAAGAUCUAUGUGGUUAUAGGAUGACGGAUAGGCUAAACGAAGAAGCAUCAUAUAACACCGAGGUGGAUAUCUGGAGCUUAGCUAAACCAUCGCUGGAUCCACUAUGCCAUUUGUCAGUAUAG